UAUCACACCAAUUGACUAUCCUUCGUAACUCCCCGAAAGCAUUCAGAUUUAUUGUUCGAAAAGCCUAUGAAUAGAUUGAGAUGAAUGGACUGGGCGCAAGCUCUUCCCCGCCGCCCAUCGUGAUCUCACCGAGUUCCACGCCCGCUUUUCAUCCUCUGUAACCGCUGUGCCACCCAAGCGGAGCAACAGUGGAAUUGAGCACCAGCACUACAGUUUUAGAUUUCGUGUUCUAAAAGCUUUUCUUGGACGUACCCGAAAAUCACAAGAGGAUCUUAAUUACCCGGGUGUAUUCCAGAACGGAGACACCAUAAUGUCAAAACAAUAUCUUUCCUGGGGUUCCGCAGACAAUGUACAUCCUGUGGACAUCUUCUCGCUGGCUGUAACAGAUAAGCAGAUACUGUCCGCUUCAGGAGCUACCUCGCUCAAGGUGCACUCAACCACAGACCCGGACUUCCCAUUAGUACAGUCUAUCGAUGGAGCUCAUGCAGUUGGCUGCCACCAUGUUGUGACCAAUUCUAGCGGCUCUAAAGCAGUGAGCGUUGGGUUUGGUGGUGAGAUUAAGGUCUGGGCUUGCAACGGGGGAACCUGGAUGGAAAACACAUCAAUCAAAGUCCAGGGGGAAGAGUCUGCCGAAGUAUGGGCGCCAGCGUUGUCUGAGAAUGGGCAAUUUCUUGCCGGUGUCUCUCAAGAUGGCCGAAUCAAGGUAUGGGAUCUAAACCAGAAUGGCGAGCAGAUUCGGGACUACGAGACAAAGGGCAGUUUCGGCACAUGUAUAGAUCUAUCCGCCGAUGGAAAAUUCAUAGCCAGUGGCCAUGAAAACGGUAGCGUUUACAUUUUUAAUACUGAAACCGGUCGUAUGCCGUUCUCCCUGGCAGGCCUGGUGAAACCUGUGCGGACAGUAGCCUUCUCACCCGGCGGAAAACUGCUCGCGGCAGCGGGUGACUCGAAAGUGAUUGUGCUCUAUGAUACGUCUUCUGGAGAACAGGUCGCCAACUUGACCGGUCAUUCGGCAUGGAUUCUCACCCUCUCUUGGAGUAACUCGGGAGAGUAUCUGCUCAGCGGCUCCUUUGACGGAAAGGUGAAGGUCUGGUCGAUUGACCGUAGGGUGUGUGUUGCAACACAUUCGGAAACAGAAAAGGCUGUUUGGAGUGCUAAGUGGCUUCCCAAGAUCGGAAAGACAGAGGGCUUUGCAACCGCCGGAGCAAAUAGAAGCAUUGCAUUCUAUAGAGAGGCUACAGGUGGCUGAUCCCGCAGUUCGGAAUCAUACCAAGAACCAUCUAUUAAGAUUGUCAACGAGGCCAACGCAGACGAGAUGCUGACCGAGAUAAUUUUACGCGGACAGAGAACCCCAUCAAAAUGACUCUGUUAGAAAGACUCUGUAGCUGAUCUCUUAACACACAAAAAUAAAAUAAAAAAGACCUUGA